AUGAACUUUAUACUGGAAGUCAAGCCAUACAGAAGCAAACGCAAUAUAAAAAUCAAAGCCACGAGGAAACAAAGCCAUGAAGAAGAGAAAGCCAUGAUAAAAGCACGUAGAAACCAAAGGCAUGCAAGAGGAGCCAUGCAAGAAAGAAAAUCAAAACCACAGUCAAACUUUCAUCACAACAGGAAACCCCACAAACAAGACAACAUCUCCUCAACCGAGCAACUUGAGAUGCCCAGUUUCAAAUCCUUAUUUGAAACUUUCUUAACCUCCUCUCUAACCCUCUUCGGACCCCCUUCUUCGCCUACUCAACGUCAUAAAGAGCGCGCUUGCCAAGAAUUUCCGGACUAUCCAUUGGUGGGCAAUAAACCUGAAGAAUUUAUGACGGAAUCGUUAAUGGUGUCGUCUCGGGCCUUGGCCUUAUUGUCCCGGAUCUUAUGGCUGUUCUCCGGUUCCCGUUACUGGAGCCUCAAUAUCGUUGAUGCGUGGAACAUGCUCGAGGAUCGCUACUUGUUGAUAUUUCUGGAGCUCUCAGACAAGAGCUGGACGCCGGCAACUACAGGGGCGAAAUCGUCUGGGGCGUCCUCGGAUAGUCUUCAUGGGUGCUGUCGUGUCGAACGUGGAAGCCUUUGCACCAGCAACGUUUCUUCUGUUCUGAAGCCAGACGUACGAAGUUGGAGAGGCCCAUGGUUAUUGCAGCCGUUUGAUCUGUGCUCUUGCUUUAUUGAAUUGUACUGUCGAGAGGAUGGCGAGAAUACAAAGGGGGAGUUGGAUCGAAAAGGUCGUGUGUACAGUCAGGGAAGGGGGACGGAGGGGGAUUGUUCUGUGACUCGAAGUAGCGUGAGGGGAGUGGCUAUGGUUAGGGUUGUGUCGAAUGGGAACACUAAGUUCUUGAGUGUUAAGCAUGUUGAUCAAUUAAAUCUUCCGCCUGGACAUUAUUGGAAAUCAAAGAAACGUCUUACUAUCAUACUUCAAGCUAAGGAGAAUAAUUGCUGCAAGAAAUCGUUACUUAUUGAUAUCACCGACACUAAUGUCCUUCCUCAGCACAUUCACUUCCCUUAA